AUGCGUAUUUAUGGUUCAAACGAUCCCAAUGGUGUUACUAUAACAGAUUCAGCUACUGUUACUGCACUUGGAGUUGCUUUACGAUAUAAUACAUCGUUAAUUGCACUGUUAAAUGGAGUGUAUUGGAGAGCUGGUGCAUGUGAAUCUGAUUACGGAAUAAGUUCAACGGGAGGUGUGGUUGUCCAUCAUCGGGUUAUACAAUAA